UGAACUAGGAUGGCCAAGAGGGCCCAGGCCAAGGCAUUCAGGAGGGAAAUCAUUGUUUUUUAUCGAUGAGGAUAUCGAUACAGAAAUAAAACGUCGACUGUCUUGAAGAUGACAGGAGAUGACAGGAAAGGUUUGUUUCUCGCAUCAUGGGGUUUUAUGGCAGUUCUGGCGGGUAUAAUAGGUGCUGGUACAGAUUCGGAAGGUGUGAUGUUGUCCAGGAAGGAGCGACAACAACAGCAACCGGCAAACGAGGAAAUAGGAAAGAGUAACACUUAUUUUGCGAGUGAAACUACGAGGGAAAGCGAAAGGAGAUGCGAACAGACGACGAUCAUAGUUGUUCCAUAGUGACGCCUAACUGCUGUCGCUUGAUUCCUACCACUCCCCUAAGCGAGAAAACCUCCAACCUAUAUACCAUCUCGUAUAUUCUCUUUUUCCAUCACAUUUAAGGAAAGAAAUAUGCCGAGCUGUCCCCCAACCUGAGAACGC